AUGCGCCUCCCCCUCCCCCCACCGCCCUCUGUCAGCACGUUAAACGUCAAACUUCACCCCCCCCCUACGCCUCCUCCCCCUCUGUCAACAGGCUUGUCGAAGUUUGAGGCGCUGCUCAAUAGCUUCGAGGGGACGGUUUUGGUACGCAUCUGGGGCGAUAAUUCAACACGAUGGAAGGAGAUUAUGGCGGAACUGGCGGGCAAUAUUGAACGCAAAUUCCUGCUCGAUUUGCCGUACUGGCGCGUCAAGAACUUUCUCGUACUGGUAAGUCCGCUGACAAUAUUACCUCUUUUUUGCAAAAAAACCCCUGCGAUUUGA